AUGACAGAAGUUCUUUAUCCAACAGUUUCUGAAACUCUGCCCAAAGCCGAGCCAGAAAUUAAAAAUGCCAACGUGAAACCUUCCGUUAUCCGGAACUGGCAGCGCUUCAUCGACUUUAUUCUUCGACACCUGAGCCAGAUCACGCUCAGUUAUGAAAGCUGGGCGGCCGAGGAGGAGAGCUUAUUUUGCGGAGCGCUGGAAUUUAUUGAAAAACUCGAAGGUGCCGCGUUGAGCCUCAGCGAUCUCAAGAAAAUGGCCAAGAAAUUAAAAGAGCUCAAAGAAAAAGCGGAUCAAGCGAACCUGGACAAAUACGGCCAUCCAAUUCCAGGAGCGGAGAAUCCGAAUCCAGACCCCUCCCCGAUAUUUUCUUACUUGGACUUGAUGUGCCGGCUCAAGAACUUAUCUUCUGUUGCCGGCGACUUCCAAAAAUCGCUGAAGAAAAACAACGUCGCCGGCUUAGAAGAUCAAGCUCAAGUGCAAAAGUAUUGGAAAGCCCUGUGUCUUCCCAGAGUCGAUCUUUCGCAAAUUUCAAUGAAGGACUCAACGGCUGGACCAAAAGAGAUUUGGAUGGCACUUUGCCGGACGGUGUUCCACCUCUCCUUCAAAUAUUUACAGUUGGCGGCCGACACUUCCGGAAUCGACUUACUAGCAGAUUCGGAGCUCGUCGCGUAUAAUCUUGUCAACGAUGAGCAAAAACAAGCGGAACGCAUUGUCAAGGCCAUUUCUGAAAAACUCGGCAAAGGAGCCGCUAAUGACCCCAAAGAAAUGAGCUUAGCGGAUCGACUCGCCGCGCUUGGCGCGAAAGAGGUGGAGACAGAAAAGGAACUUGUGGGGAUGAGCGAGGCUGGAACGAUCAUCCUGCCAGCUAGUCCGCCAGAGCAAGCGCCGCUCAAGAAGGGCAAAAAGGGGACCAAGUCCAAGAGAGCCGGCUCCAGCAAAAUGACAAGAGGCCAUCACAGAAAAGGCAAGAAAAAGUAA